GGUUCGCGACAAGCUGUAAUAGCUCACCUUCCAGCAAUCUUGCUUCUUUUCUAAUCUCGAAAACAAAAACGUAAGGCAAUACCAUCUUUUGACAUCGAUUCAAUUGAUCAUCAUGUCAGCUUCCGAUCAAGAUCCAUUACUUCUCCUGCGACAAUCGAUAGCCUCAGAAAGUCCUUGCAUACCCACUACCACAGAAGAUGCAACAUCCUCAGUAGACCUGAGUCUGGCAACAGCAACCUACCUCCACUUUACCUCACCCCUCCAAGUAUCGAUUCCAUUCACGACAGCCACACGUUUCAUCUCCUCGGACAAACCUGUGAAUCUUCGCAGCAUUUAUUUUGCAUGGCAGCAACGCGAACUAGCGAUCCCAGAAUACAAUGCAUCAUCGACGACACUGAGCGCGCAACUGGCGGCAGAGGGCGGCGCUGGUGGUGAAAUCCAAAAUUUGUCAUUUGUGGAACGCUUGGAUCUUAUUACGUGGUUGGAGGGCGCGUCGGACGAAUCGCAAUAUAUCAAGCCCUUAGCUUCAGAUACGUCAAAUGCGACAGCUUCGGCGAAGGUUGCUUCUGGAGUAGCUGGGGGAAUAGCACCAGUCACGAGUGGUAUGGGAGGUAGACAGGGAAAGAAUGUUGAUCCUAGGUUAGCAGAGAUCUACAAUGGAGAAAGGAGGAUGGGCGACAGGAAUAGUGUGUUGAGGGGGAUAAAACCUACGGAUUUCUCUCAUGUCCGCAAACUCGCAUCUCCAUUCCUCUCACGCAAAUCUGCACAUGCUGCCGCCCAAAAUCUAGCAAACAACCCAGCACUCGCUCAUAACCUUAAACCUGCCCGCCGCCCAGAUCCCAUCAUACUUUUGUCACCAUCCGCGUCUUCUAUUCUUCGCAUGUCUAAUAUCAAAUCGUUCCUCGAAGGCGGUGCAUUCAUUCCUUCAGAUUCAGCAAGCUCCACCUCCAGUUCCUCGGCUUCAAUUCUACAUAUUUCACGUUUCAUACCUUCCAUAGAUCCUGCGCGACCAAUCCGUUUCAUUAUUGUUGACACACCAGAGCAAUUCAAGCCGGAGUAUUGGUCAAGAGUCGUAGCGGUCUUUACUACAGGACAAGUUUGGCAAUUCAAAAACUACAAAUGGCCACAGCCUACAGAUUUGUUCAGGAACACUCUAGGCUUGUUCGUAGGAUUCAGAGGAGAAAGUCUACCGGAUACAGUCAAGGGAUGGGGAAGUGGAGUUUUGGCUUCGCAAGUUGAAAGGUGGGCUCCACAAGCAGGCCCAGCCAGUAGAUGGAGGGAUAAAGAAGUUGUGGAGAAUAUCUGGAAGGCAAUCGAGGGGAAUAUGAAGGCUAGAGGAUGGAGACGAGAUUCUGGUCCAGUCAUUUGAGUCGGAGUGACUGAGGCCAUGGGACAGAAAAUUGUACUAACGAGCGAUUUAAUGCGAAUCAAUAAAAUCGGCGCUCAGGAGUUAUUACUAGUUGAUUUGGGAAGAAGAGUAUUAUGAGAUUCACUGAACCGGUAAUGGUGGAGAACUUGUGCUGCAUUUUACACACCUAGGUAGUCUAUAGGAGGCGUAGAGGUUAUGAAAUUUGAUCAAUCGAAGGACAACCAAAUGAACUUGAAUCAGUAAGGAGCUGAUUCCGACAGUGUACUAUACAGAAAUAUUAGAGGUGAAUAUAAAGAACGUUUGAA